CAAAGGUGUUCUACCUGAAUGAACAGUCUGCCGUCGGCCGCGCUUCCGAACGCACCUGCCGGUCGCAUUCGCAACACGACACCGCCAACGUCACACGUGACCGAAAAUGUAAUUACUCUAAAUAUCGAAUGAAAUCGGACAAUUCAAAAGUAAUGUAUUGCGGAAUAAACAUUCCAGUGUAAAUAUUAUUUUUUUAAUCAGUGUGUGUGAUUAAUAGAAUAAAUAUAAAGAAAUAUUUAGCGAAAAUAUUUUUUUAAAUUCUAUAAAAUCCUGUGAUAUUAGUAUUAAGGUGUCCUGUAGAAGCAAACAGCCAGCAUGGUCGGAGCAUCGGACGUUGUCAAGCCAUCAGAGAAGGUUGAGGAUCAAUCUCCGUAUCUUAACGGAAACCCAGUCUUCACGAUCAGCGAUGAAAUUGGAGAUCAAGACGGUUCAUACAACAUGGCGUCGAUAAAUUCUAACGAGAAAAGUCCGGGGGAUCCCCCAGAUAAGAAGAUAGCUGAUGCAGACGCUGAAAAACAACCGCUAUCAGGAAAAGAGGAACGAUGGUGGACAACGUUGAUGCAAGUGGCAGUACCAUUCUUCAUAGCUGGAUGUGGUACUAUUGGUGCCGGUUUAGUGUUGGGGACAGUCAGGGAUUGGGACGUAUUUAUCAACGUUUCAGCCAUUUUUGUACUCGUUCCGUCGCUCUCUGGUCUUAAAGGUAAUUAAUUGUAUUUAUUUCUAGAAAUUACACAUAAUAAUCUAAACAAUCUUACACAAAAUAAUAAUGAUGAGAAAUCUGUGCUGUUAACAUCAGUGGGACUUUUGUUUCAUUCGUUACAAGGUACAUUAACUUGCUAAAAUGAAUAUAAGUAAAGAAAAUAAAACCCAGCUCAUGAUGAAUGAU